AUGCGUUCUACCUUCCUCGGAGCGUCCCUUUCGCUCCUUUACGCGGCCAGCGUAGCUGCUGUCCCUCAUUCAACCAGGGCUUCCGCGACCCCUGCGGCACCCUCUUCAACUCCUGCAUUUAGGAUAAAUAAGCUGGCUGUAUUGGCAGACCAGGCUACAGGGGCCUGGAAAGAUGUCCAGUGUACUUCCGACAUCACCGAUGCGACACUGGAUCCCACCUCUCGUUGGAAUGCAGCCAACGCCGAUGAUGCCCUGAAAUCCGCCCUGGAUGCCUGGGCUACAUCUGGUCCUUCUACUGGCUUGGGAUUCCCUGAGUUCAUCAGCAACUACUUCUCUGGUCCCGAAAACUGGAACUGUGCAGAUAUCGGCAACACUGCUUGCUCCACAGUGCUGACCUGUAACCAGGCCCAGUAUCCUGCCGGAAUGCAAAAUGAUAUCGGUGCCUUUGCGGGCACCUUUGCUCCUCAGCUCGAAGACGAUACUGAAAUCUUCAAGUUCAUUAUCAACGCCAUUGUCUUGGUGGCUAGCGUCGGUAGCUCCUUUGCAUGGAAUAUCGCCUUCAAGGGUCUCACUAUGGCCGCAUCAAAAUACUUCUCCAUGGGCAAAGACGUAACCAACGCUGCGCUCAUUUCAUUUACCACCGGCAUGGGUAAAGACUCACUGAAAUCCGCCAAAGAUGCAUUGGGCACCCAGAAUGGAAUUUCAUCCGCUCUUGGCGUAUACUUUUCGGCCUGGACUGGCAUUGAGAGCGGAUAUGUGGCCUCACUCUUUGAUGGAGUAAACGAUGAUACGUCAAUUGCUACUCUUCAAACUCUAACAUCCAGCGGCUCAAUGCUUCUACUUUCGUCCAAGGUGGACUUGACUGGAAUGACUGCUCAGGCGCAAAAGAUUCUUUACGGACAGCUGAUCCCGGCGGCUUGGUCGCAAAGCCCUGAUGACCUCUUACCUCGGAUCCUGCGGAAGGCCGGAGGUUGUUCUACGUCAAUUGACCAAGAUGUUCUCCUUUACAUGACUCAGAGCACUCUAGUUGGCGGGUAUGUCUGCUACAACAACGAUGCUUUCUAUGUCGUGAACGUCAAUCCCACUCCUGGCUUGACGCAUUUCGAAGGCCUCCCCGGUGGAAACCAUGAGACCCUCAACGGCGAUGCCUGGGGCGGUGUCAUCCUUGAAGAUAUAGUCCAGAGCUCGUACCAGGCAUACCAGCUGAAUGGCAACGCAAACGGCUAUGAAAUGCCUGCUCUGUCAAAGAUUAUCGAUGGAGCAGGCACAGAGGGUAAUUUGGCUUUCGAGAAUGGAAUCCGUACCCCGGGAUUCUUCAACCUGCCAAUCUGCGACGAUAUAGCUGCAGCAAAUAAUAAUGUCGACAUGGGCGGUGCAAAGGGAAAAUACUGGCCUUGCGAAGCACCGGAAGGAUACAACGCUGGUGGAACCAAUGUGCACGUCAACAAUGGAUGUAUCAAUGUGGAUGGUGAGACACUAUGCACGUCUAAGACCAAGUCUAUCAACAUCGCAGAUGAAGCUACUGGCGACAGUGUCGCCACCAUCUACGCCCAGUUCGAUGGAGACAACAAGACCGGCUACAAAGUUGUUCCUGGCUGCAAGCUGGAAGCUACCUGGCCCCGCGCCUACGGUGAUGUCUACUUUGGAGCAGAUAACUGUCUGUAUGACUCGACCGGCAUCAAUAUCAACGGUCAGUGUUGCACCAAGACGACCGAGGACUUGGUUGUCAACCCGUACUAUGGAUAUUAG